UCGUAGGAUUUAGCAUCAUUCAGCCAGUCACUGUUCGUACAACAUACGAACGGCAUUCGCGUCGCGCGCAGCCAACAUAUUUCCCGCCGCAAAUUUAAAACAGCGUAUUCUAAAUUCAAAGUUCCUUGCUAGCUAUUAUAAUAUUAUUGCGUAAAAUUUAUAUAAUGCCUAAAAAGAAAUAAUUUUAAUUUAUUUAUCAGUAAAUAUUGUUGUAUUUUUGCGAAUUUUCUGGAACAUGUGCAAAACUGUGAAAUCGUAUAAAUGAAAUCGAGGACUGCGAAAGUGCCGUUUUCGUAAAUAAAAUUUCUGUGAUACAUUGCUGUGACAAUUUAACUAGUGUGUGACUUGACUUUUUAUUGUUAUAUCGUUUCGUGAAAUUGUAUUUCGCGAAACAUUUAAAUAAAUAUUCUUUAUGUUAGGUCCAUAUAUGAAGUGUCAACAUUUCUACCCCAAACAUUAUGAUUUACAAAUGGAUAUUAUGAUAAGAGUGAAGUGUUGUCAAGAAACUAAAAAUCCAAAGUGACGAAGUGCCCUGUAGGUGUCUGUAGUGCUACGUUCCGUAUUUUGUCCUAUUCUUAUAUACUUCCUUUAGAAUUUUCAAAAUGUCAGACAAAACCACGUCGUCGGUAGGCCCAAGGAGCUUCGAAACUAUUUCAGAAGAGGACUUUGGUUCGCCGUUUGAAAAGUUGCUGGGAGAUGUGAAACCACCUGUUCCUACUGUGAUCAAAACGAAUACGUCGAAUGCGAUAGUAUCCAAAGACGAGGUAUCGUCACAUCCUCGUGUUAUGGAUCUUGAGGCUAGCAAGUUAACGAGGUCCAAGAGUUGGAGAGACCAGCGGAGAAGCAGUAGCAACGGUCUUCUCAGCUCUAUCCCUCGGCAGUUAAGGCUUUCUCUUCGAGGAGUUCGCAGCGAACCAUCCAGUGUAAAGGACGUGCCAACGACCAGAAAUGAUAGCUCCCUCAAUCUCCUUCUUAGAUACCGUCAAGCCCGUUAUGCAGCUCGUCGUGUUAGAAAGCGUGUCAUCUUCAAGCACGGAGACUGCAACGUCGUCCAAUGGAACGUGGCAAAGCGCAGGCGCCGAUACCUUCAGGACAUCUUCACGACCCUUGUGGACGCUCAGUGGCGCUGGACGCUGCUCGUGUUCGCUCUCUCCUUCAUCCUCUCCUGGCUUUUAUUUGCCUUAAUCUGGUGGCUUAUUAUUUUCACACACGGUGACCUUACUCCCCAAACCGGUUCCAAUGUUACCUUCGUUCCAUGUCUUAAUAACGUCAAUACCUUCACCGGAUGCUUCCUAUUCUCCGUCGAAACUCAACACACUAUAGGCUACGGUUCCAGAACCACCAACGAAGAAUGCCCGGAAGCUAUUUUUGUUAUGUGCAUUCAGAGCAUAGUCGGAGUCUUUAUUCAAGCUUUUAUGGUGGGUCUAAUAUUCGCGAAGCUGGCUCGAGCCAAAAAGCGUAACACCACGCUCCUAUUCUCAAGGAACGCGGUGAUAUGUUUAAGAGACGGAGAAUUCUGCCUUCUAUUCCGCGUCGGUGAUAUACGCAAGUCACAUAUACUCGAAGCUCACGUCCGUGCCCAGAUUAUACGCAAAAAGACAACCAGAGAGGGCGAAAUACUGCCAUUCUACCAGCAAGAGUUGAAGGUGGGGGCUGAUGGCGAAGAAGACAGACUAAUGUUUAUUUGGCCGAUGACUAUUGUUCACAAGAUCAACGAGAAAUCACCACUGUACAACCUAUCCGCCUCAGAUAUGCUAAGGGAGAGAUUUGAAAUUGUUGUUAUGUUAGAGGGUGUAAUCGAGUCAACGGGAAUGACUACGCAAGCACGUAGUAGCUUUUUACCAUCUGAAAUUUUAUGGGGCCACCGUUUCGAAACCAUGGUGACAUUCAGAAAAGACACCGGAGAGUAUGAGGUGGACUAUACCAGAUUCAAUAACACCUACGAAGUAGAUACUCCUUUGUGUUCAGCAAAACAACUUGACGAGCUACGGGCGACAGUUUCCACGUCACAAAAACUAGAUCGCAUGUUGGGAACCAUACCGAAAACAUUCUCCAACGACACAUUAGAUCUCAGCUCCGUUGAUUCCAUGUCCCUCGACGAGCAUAUCGAAAUCAAGAUACCCGAAGCCCGAGCUCAAGAAAAUAGACUGAUGGCGCAAAAUAAUUUCGUUCAACAUAUAAACGAGAAGUCGAGAAACCCCAGUCACACACAUUUAGCAGUAGAGAACGGCCCUGAGUCGUUGCCCAAAAACCAUAGCCAUAUGGCGGUCGGUGAUACAAAAUAUACGGAUCCGAGGGAGGCCCAUAUGCAUAGGAGUCACAGUCACGCUAGUAUGAAGAAAGUACACGGCCUUACCCCUAACGGGAUUGGACACGCGGUUAAUGGUCACAAUGAACAUAAAAUCGAUGAACGGAAUAAAAUAAAAAAAUCGCCAAGUACAAACUACAUAGAAGAGAAGACACCGGUGAUCCCUAUUCUGGUGACGAGUCCCGACUCGGAGGCCUGACGGCCGCUGCGCGAACACAACUCGACCGCGCGCCACGCACACAAACACAAAUACAACGUACGUUUCACGGGCGGCGGCGAGAGUACAGAGAACAUACGCGUUGAAUUAGAUGAAUUGUAGAAAAUAAGGAACCUUCCACACGGGCCGCGUGCAACGUGUCUCGUCGAUGAUACUUGAGCUUAGGGCUAUGUUACACUAUCAAAUACAUAUACAUACAGGUAAAUUUUUAUUACUGAUUAGACAGUUGACAAUACGUUAAACUAUUAUAGAAAUGUUAUAUGUAUUCACAGACAUACUUUUAUAUUAUAUAUUGACUAAAAUGUAAAAAAUGUCACAGAUUGUAUGAAAGCUCCCUUUUAAGAGCAAACCUCUUCAAUACUUUUAAAUGCCGUCUGUAAUGUUAUUGUUGUAUAUUCUAUAAAGAUGUAAAGUACCUGUAACAUAUGUUUUAAUUCAUAUCCUAAUUAAAUCAAUUAAUCAAUUUAUUAAGCUAAUGAGGUACUUACAAUAUUAAUAAAAAUAAUGUCUCCACUCUUUAUAAUAUAUAUACAUUUUAAUCUAUUUUUUUUUGUUUGAUAGUGUAAUAUGCCUUUUAGUUAUAUAAAGUAUGUAGGUAAUACUUAGUUGUACAGUCAGCAAACAAAGUAAUUAUAAGAUUAUUAUUAUUUUAUAGUAGAAUUAAGGAGAAUUUUGAAAUGAUGUAAGUCUGAUAUCUGCAAAAAAUUUUGCCAAUACAAUUUGAAUAGUUUAAUAAACUUCGUGGAUGCUUGAAUAUCGCAGUAUUUAGAAUUUUGACGGAAAAAAUGCAUGAUUUUUCGAUUUAUCACGAAAUGUCAGUAAUGUUUUUUAUUUCCCUUUAAAAUUCUUUAUAUCGAAUUAUUAAAUUAAUUAUCAAAUAUUCUAUUAAAUUAAAUCAGCUUCAUUUUGAAGGAUAAAGUUUCAAUGCAAACACAGAAGAGGUAUAACACUUUAUUACUCAAUAAUCUGGUGCUACAGGCGGCACAGUAUAUUCUGUGAUAUUCAUAUCUAGAGACAAGUGCUAACACUUUUCAUAAGGCAGGCAGAAUGCCUACUUGUUUAUCAUGGUCUAGUAAUAAAAAAAAAACUUAAUGUGUGUUUAAUCAUUGAUUCCGAGCGCCCUAUUUUUUAUCUAUUUAAUAUAUUAUACUUAGUAUAAUUUUUGAGCUAAAAUUAAAUAUUGCAAAUUUUUUUAAUCACUAAUGUAGCUGAGUUUGCUUAUUUAAUCACCACGAGGAGAAAUAAAGGAGAAUAUUAGAAUAAAAACAGACUGCUGUAAUGUAAAAAGAAAAGAUAUUUUAAUAUAACGCUUUUAAAGCAAUGUAUUUAUACCAAAACGUAUUACCUACUUUAAUGGAUUAAAAAUUAGUUAGUAGGUAAUUUAUCGGUGCCUUUGUUUCGAAAAAGAAAUUUAAAAAACCGUACGUAUUUUCCUUAAUCUAUGGAAUUUUUAAAUUCGAAUCUUUAAAUUCGACAGUUCAUAGACAACCGACUUUUUUAAUCUUUUUUUUAUUAAAUCCUCUUUCUUAUUUUUCUACUUCAUCUAUAUCAGCGACAAACGUGUACCAGAUAGGGUUGUAUUUAGACCAAGUAUUUAUUUAGUUAUUUUUUAAAAUUCUAGAUGAAAUUGGCUUAAUGCUUAUUGAUCAUAAUCACAUUAUAAGUAUUGUUGUUACUUAUAUCAAGGUUCAAAAUUUUUACGUAGAGAAUAUCUGUCUUUUUAAAAAAAAUCCAAUAAAAUGUUCUUUUCAUACUAUAAUAUCAAGUUGUAAGGCGCCGUACGCCGUAUCAUGUAAUUAUAAUUAGAGCUUUUAAAAAAGGUCAUAAACAAAUUCAAUACAAAUAAAUAUAUUGAAAUACUAAUUGAAGCUUCCAUAAUAAAAAAAAAAACAGUAGUCAAGGUAAAGUCUAACUGUUUACAAAUAGAGCUGUUAUAUCUUAAAUAUUUGAAUAGGUAAUUAGAAAAUAUUUUUGUCAUCACUAUUUUAUUUAUAUAUAUAUUAAAAAAAAAUUUAAGGCCCCUAUGCACGAGUCAAAGAGGUAACGUAUUUAAUUGCUUCUUGAAGAUAACAGGCUUCUUAUUGGUAAUCGAGUUUUGAAUAUUAAUAAAGUUGUUGUAACAUUAAAAAUCCUCAAAGAGUAUUACGGUCGCAAUUCAAUAUUCAAUAAUAUGAUUUAAAUAACGUGCGAUAUAAAUCUAUAUUGUAAUUAUUUACGUGUUUUAAACCGACUUCAAAAAGAAAGAGAUCUUAAUUCGGUUCUAUUUUUUUUUGUUUGUUACCUCGUAAAUCUGUUAAAAGAUAUACUUUAUAUAGAAAUCUUAUCAAGAUCAACUCAGUAGUUCAAUUAUGAAAACAAAAUAACUAAUUUUACCACAAAUAAAGACAUUGUGUGUGGAACACAAUCUUAAAUUAUGAAUAACUAUAACACAAUACGAUUUGGGAUAUUUAUUAUCGGGCAUCUAGUUUACAGCUAAUCUUUAUACAUCUAAUCUUUAACACAUAUAUGUACUUAUUAAAAGAGGUGCUUAAAUUAUUACUUUGGAUAAGAUCCAAAAAAAAUGCUAAAUAAUCUGUUAUUGAACCAACUACGUAAAUGUGUUGUGAAAAUAACUAGUAUAAGAGGAGGAAUAUAUGUAAUAUGAAAUGUGAUACAGCACACCGCAAGUGUUAAUAUUAUGCAAUAAGAAGCGAUUCAAAUAUCGCUUUAUAUUGUCACCUGUCUAUAUUUCUAGAUUAAUAUAAAAAUUAAAAUAUGUAUCAUAUAUAUAAUCAUAUAUCAUAUAUUUAAUGUAAACUUUUCAAAUUUAUUCAUUCUAUUAAUAAAAUCAGAUAUUCUUUUUAAUUAAAACUAAAUAAUGUUUGUGAUACAAGUCGAAUUUUUCCGAAUCAGUUCUGAUUAGGGCAAGGACAAGGAUUUUCUUUGAUUCUCUUAUAUGUUUAUGACCGUUUACCAUCAGACGGGCUGUAUGCUUGUUUGCCACCUUUGUAGUAUAAAAAAAGGAUCAAUUACAACUGGAAUCCUUAUAUAAGUCAUCAUAUUAUUUUUUUUACAUAAGAUAUCUUUUAAAAAUGGUGCUUUGGGUACCCAGUCUGGGUAUUAUAUAUUAUAAUAAUAGAAGUUAUGAGCUCAAUCAUUGCCCACUGCUGGACAUAUAUCUCAUAAAGCGCACAAAAUAAUAUAAACAUAAAUUUUAUUACAAUGUAGUCUCCAUUCCACUCAUUUCGGUGUGCUGAAUUACUUCGUAUUUAUGAGCAAAAAGGGACGGAGUCUGUGUGCCUAAUCUAUAUAUAUAUAUUCAAAAAUAUAAUUAGAUGUUACCUACUAUAUUUGGCUUUUACAAAAUUCGGCAAAUGACAAUAUUAGUAAUUUAUAUAAAUUAAUAUUUAUACUUAUAUGUAGAUAGAUAGAUAUUCUUGUUUUCUCCAAAGGAUUACAAUAGUAAACUUAUUAUAAAUAUAAACAAUUACAAGAAAUAAUCACAAUGAGAAAACAAUGGGCGAUCUUAUCGCUAAAAGCGAUUCCAGGCAACCUUUGGAUGGAGAGGAGUAAUUAUGUAGGUAGUUUAAUAUACAAAUGAAUGUUAGUGUUACUAACGCCUGCGAUAGAACUACUUGUCACGUAGUGGAAAAUUUAUAUAUUAGAAUUUAUAAAGGUCUUUUUACACAUACAUAUCUAUACAUGUACAGAUUGUAAUAAAGAUGUACCUAAUAGAAAGAAAGCCAGCGAUAGUGUUAUCAGAUAUAUGUAACCAAAUGAACCUUCUCAAACAACUAAAAUAUAAGAUUGGAAUGUAAAAAAAAAUCCGUAUCUAAAUAUUUAUCAUAUACCUCGGCAUAGGACUGGGCCUGACGUAAAGGCCUAAGUCCUUGGCUAGAUUAUUCUAUUUUUUUAUACAAUAUUAUCGCUGGAUCUAGUAUUACAGUAAUUAUAGGACAAUAUACUUACUACGCCUUAUUAUACAGAUAAAAAUAAAUAUACGAGUAUAAACGUUUAAACGGCAGUUACAAAAUAAUUAUGUUAAAGGUACAAAAAGUACGUAAUUAAUGAUCAUGUAUACUAAUUGGCAUGUGUUAUUUUUUUUUUAUUUGCCUUAAACCGGUCAUUUGAGGUCAAAUAAGAAAAAUAAUUGUAAGUAUUCGAUUUGUGAUUAUAUCUAAUGAAAAUUAAGUAGGUAUUAUGUAAAAAGAAAUGUCAAGACGCUUAAAUUAUUUAUUAAUUUAACUUAACGGUAUUGCAUGUACGUAGGUGCCCUUUUUGUUCCUAAUAAUUGUUAUACAAAAUAAAGAAAUGGGAUAUUUUUUUACGGUUUCGAAUUUAUUAAUUGUAACUUUUGAUUAGAAAUAUUGUAAUAAUCAUUGAACUCUAUUAGUGUUUCUAUUUCGAACAGUAUCGAUGACUUACAUUGUUACUGUAACCUAUCUUUUGGGGAGGGGGGAGAGGUAUUGUUUGUAUAGUCUAACAGAGAGUCAGACUAAAUGAGAAUGUAACUAAGUUUUGUUUAAAUUGUCACAGAAUACUCUCUAAAUGAAAUUAGCAAACAUUCAAUUAAUCAAGUUUUUAUUUGUACUAUUGAACAUGUGUCUUAUUGUUAAGACAAUUAUUUGAUUUUUUUUUUUCAUAUUCAUUAUUUUUUUGAAAUAGGAUGUAGUAAUCAAUGCCUACAUGUGUAUGUAAGUACAUAACCUUCCCUAGCCACGCCAAUGCUAUUAAGGCAGCUCUCAAGCAGUCUAUAUAUCUGUUGUUGAUACUAAAUCAUGUACAUCUAGAUGGAGUAUCGAAUUUAAAAAAAAGUUCUUAAAACUGUAAAUUAUUAAUGAUUGACCUAAAAGCGCACCACUUUAAAAAAGUUCAUUUUGUCGAAUUGUACGAAGAUACUCUAUCUAGAAAUUAUUGAUCUAGAAUAAUAGUAUAUUAUGUUACUUACUCAGUUAUAUAUUUAAUAAAUUAAAAACUGCAUGUUAUCUUGACGAUAGUCCAAGGUGGGGGCCUCAAGUGGCGCGGGCGCUGCUAUUGACAUUAGUCCAAUUUAUUAUAAUAAUUAUAUUAUGCUGAUAGACUCAGACAAAAUACAUUAUACAUAUAUAUUAUUC